GAGAGAAUGAGAGAGAGGGGGAGAGAGUGAGAGAGAGACUCUUGUGUACUUAGUUUGCCUACAAUAACGUACCCGUGAAAAGGGACAGCGGCUAAGAAUCUAACUGAGACUUAAAACACAGUUCGCAAGGGUAAACAUGACAACUGUGAAGUCUAAUUACACAGGGUUCUCAGUCCCGGAAGACAAUGCCAGCAUCGAUCGCGUGAACUUCGCUGAUAUCACACCGGAACAAUUCUAUGCUCAAUAUAUAGCUCUGAGGAAACCGUGCAUCAUAUCAGGUACGCUUGACGAUACCCAACUAGCAGGAACUAAACAGUGGACGGGCGGAUAUCUGCGAGAACAUGCGGGGAGCGCUGAACUUCUGGUGGAACGAAGAGAGACCACUCAAGGCAAAUUCGGCGACGACGAAAAGGUUGAGAUGACAUUUGGAGAGCUAUUGAACCAUCUUGACAGCGGAUCACAGAACUACUAUCUGACUACUCAAGACAUACCUUUCGAAGACGGCAUUAUGGGUUUAUUCGGCAACCCGAUGAAUGGACUUUCGGAGGACUUUCCCGAGCGACCGAGACUAUCUGGCAAUCUGGUACCGCAGCAGGUCAAUAUGUGGCUGGGGGCCAGCAAAGUAGGAGCGACAUCAGGUCUGCAUCAUGACUUCCACGACAACAUAUACGUGCUGCUCAGAGGCCACAAGCAGUUUACGCUCUUCUCACCCGAUCAACAUGCAAGCAUGUAUGUAUAUGGUACUAUCCAAGACGUGCACGAGAACGGUCGGAUAGUGUACAAAGGAGAUCCGCUGACAAGACCGGAUGGUCUGGAGCUGGACGGAAAGAUGGGUCUCACUUACCGGCAACGCUAUCAGGAAUAUCUGUUGAGCAAGGCCGAAGCAGAAUUAGCAAGUGCCAAGGACGACGGUGACAAAAAAUGUAUAGCCAAGAAGGAGUCAGAACUAUUACUACAAACUGAAAAGCUCGAGGAGAUAGAAGAUCUGUUACUAACCACCGCUGAUGACGAAGACUUCGACGGGGGCCUGUUCGAUGAGGAUGGCGUUGCGUUUGGCGAUUCAGACUUAGAGAACAAAGAUUCUGAUAGUGAGCGGGAUUCUGGAGACGAGGCAGAUGAGAGUGAAUCCAGAUCCGACUCCGUACCCGAGGCCACCGUAGAUGCAAAUGAAAACUCAGGUGAACACCCAAAGAGCUUCAGCCAAAUCGGCACCGUACACAGAGAUAAAGGUAGUAUAUGUGAUACGUUUCCACUCUUCACGCACGCUAAGCGAAUGGUGGCUGAACUUUCGACCAGCGAUGCGCUAUAUCUGCCUGCGGGAUGGUUCCACGAGGUCACAUCGCAAGCUGCGAGUACACUGGAUACACCAAUCAGUGGCAGUGUUGGAUCGAAAGAUUCGGACGAUCCCCUAGUCACGUCCAAUGAGAAUGUGCACACGGCACUGAACUACUGGUUCUACCCACCCGAUGCACCAAACUACCAGUCACCUUACAGCGAUGGCCUUUGGCAGUACAUGUGGAGUCUACGACAGAAUACUGCUGUGGGUGAGAAGAGGCGGCGCGAACGGGAAGAGGGGAGUGUAGAUACGGAUACUCGCAAGAAGGCUAAAUAAAUAUACUGCCUCAAGCGUCAGACAUUUUUUAUAUUGUUCUAGAUUAUUGAUCUA